UCUUUCGCGUAGCAAUGUUUUGGUAGACGAAUGCGCAGUCAGCUUUUCACGAAUCUAGAGUGAAAAAAUAGCCACGAUGCGCGAACUGACAAUUUUCCAUUAGUUUUGAGUUUGCUACCAACGCGAGCGGUUCACGCGAUAGUUUAUUUAAAGAGAACGUGCGGCAGGCCAGUUUCGAUUUUACUGUAUCGAGCGUGGAUUUGUAAGCGCCAACAAUCGAUCAAAUUAUUCUCAGGAAUAAGUCGAAAGUAUGAUCGAAAACGGUGAUUAUGCCGGCCAGUACGGCGAAGAAAGUUACAUGGAGCAAGAAGAGGAGUGGGAGCGCGAAGGUCUGCUCGAUCCUGCCUGGGAAAAACAGCAAAAAAAGACUUUCACCGCUUGGUGCAACAGCCACUUACGAAAAGCUGGCACUUCGAUCGAGAAUAUCGAAGACGACUUUCGCAAUGGGUUGAAGCUUAUGUUGCUACUGGAAGUUAUAUCCGGAGAAACUUUGCCAAAGCCUGACCGUGGCAAGAUGCGAUUCCACAAAAUCGCUAACGUGAACAAAGCGUUAGAUUUUAUCGCAUCUAAAGGAGUUAAGCUGGUUUCCAUAGGAGCAGAGGAAAUCGUUGAUGGUAAUCUCAAAAUGACACUGGGUAUGAUUUGGACCAUCAUUCUUCGAUUCGCCAUCCAGGACAUCUCGGUGGAAGAAAUGACUGCCAAGGAAGGUUUGUUACUGUGGUGUCAGCGCAAGACAGCACCUUAUAAGAACGUUAAUGUUCAGAACUUCCAUCUCAGUUUCAAGGAUGGUCUCGCGUUCUGUGCUUUGAUCCACCGUCACAGACCUGAUCUUAUCGACUAUUCCAAGCUUUCCAAAGACAAUCCUCUUGAAAAUCUGAACACGGCAUUUGACGUUGCAGAGAAAUUCUUGGAUAUCCCACGAAUGUUGGAUCCCGAUGAUCUGCAGAAUACCGCAAUGCCAGAUGAACGGGCUGUUAUGACCUAUGUGUCAUCAUACUAUCAUUGCUUCAGUGGCGCUCAAAAGGCUGAAACCGCCGCUAAUCGCAUUUGCAAAGUGCUGAAGGUGAACCAAGAAAAUGAAAGGCUCAUGGAAGAAUACGAACGAUUGGCUAGUGAUCUUCUUGAAUGGAUUCGCCGCACUAUGCCUUGGCUGAAUUCCAGGCAAUCCGAUAGUACUCUUGCGGGGGUGCAGAAAAAAUUGGAAGAAUAUCGAACCUACAGACGCAAGCACAAGCCCCCACGUGUAGAGCAGAAGGCGAAACUUGAAACGAAUUUCAACACAUUGCAAACCAAGUUGCGUCUCUCAAACCGCCCUGCGUAUAUGCCAACGGAAGGAAAGAUGGUAUCAGAUAUAACUAAUGCAUGGAAAGGUUUAGAACAUGCAGAAAAAGCUUUCGAAGAAUGGUUAUUGGCCGAAACCAUGCGCCUCGAGCGUUUGGAGCAUUUGGCUCAAAAGUUCAAGCACAAAGCCGACACACAUGAGGAUUGGACUAAGGGCAAGGAAGAAAUGCUGCAAUCUCAAGAUUAUCGCAACUGCAAACUCAAUGAAGUUAAAGCAUUGAAGAAGAAGCAUGAAGCAUUCGAAUCCGAUUUGGCUGCGCAUCAGGAUCGUGUGGAACAAAUUGCUGCUAUUGCUCAAGAACUAAAUACACUUGAAUAUCACGAUUGUGCAUCGGUAAACGCACGCUGCCAGCGUAUCUGCGAUCAGUGGGAUCGUCUUGGAGCGCUUACCCAGCAUCGCCGUCAAGGAUUAGACGAAGCUGAACGUAUUUUGGAGAAGAUUGAUCUCCUACAUUUAGAAUUUGCUAAACGUGCAGCACCAUUCAACAAUUGGUUGGAUGGAGCUCGUGAAGAUUUGGUUGAUAUGUUCAUUGUGCACACUAUGGAAGAAAUUCAAGGACUCAUUCAAGCCCACGAUCAGUUCAAGGCAACUUUGGGUGAAGCUGAUAAGGAGUUCAAUGUAAUUGUUGGACUCGUGCGAGAUGCUGAAGCCAUUGUUAAGCAGGAACAAGUGCCAGGAGGCCUUGUUAAUCCUUAUACUACAUUGACAGCUGACACCAUCAGUAGGAAGUGGUCUGAAGUGCGAGCAUUAGUUCCACAGCGCGACCAGACGCUGGCUAACGAAUUACGUAAACAGCAAAACAACGAAAUGCUGCGUCGUCAAUUCGCUGAGAAGGCUAAUGCCGUUGGACCAUGGAUUGAAAGGCAGAUGGACGCAGUUACAGCUAUUGGCAUGGGUAUUUCCGGUUCACUAGAAGAGCAGCUUCAUCGUCUUAAGGAAUACGAACAAGCGGUGUAUGCGUAUAAACCAAGCAUUGAAGAAUUGGAGAAAAUACAUCAAGCCGUGCAAGAGUCGAUGAUCUUCGAAAAUAGGUAUACACAUUAUACAAUGGAAACACUGCGCGUUGGCUGGGAGCAACUGCUAACGUCCAUCAACAGAAAUAUCAAUGAAGUUGAAAACCAAAUUCUUACACGUGAUUCUAAGGGAAUUACGCAAGAACAGUUGACCGAGUUCAGAUCGAGCUUCAAUCAUUUCGAUAAGAACCGUUCUGGUCGCUUGGCGCCUGAAGAAUUCAAGUCUUGUUUAGUUUCGCUUGGAUAUUCUAUUGGAAAGGAUAAACAAGGAGAAAUGGACUUCCAGCGUAUACUGGCAGUAGUAGAUCCCAACAACUCUGGCUACGUUCAGUUCGAUGCCUUCCUUGACUUUAUGACAAGAGAAAGCACUGACACUGACACAGCUGAGCAAGUUAUCGAUUCAUUCAGGAUUUUGGCUUCCGAUAAGCCAUACAUUUUGCCGGAUGAACUACGCCGCGAACUUCCUCCAGAUCAGGCUGAAUACUGCAUCCAAAGGAUGCCACCUUACAAGGGACCAAAUGCAGUUCCUGGAGCCCUGGACUACAUGUCAUUCAGUACCGCAUUGUAUGGUGAAAGUGAUUUGUAAUAGCUUUACUUUCAUCAGUGGGACUCUAACAAUAAAAAUGUGUAAGAAAAAUCCAUCACAUGUUACAUGCCAUAUAUUGUGUUUCUAAAUAGUACGGUACCACUCCAGAGCGUAUAAGGAGAGAGCAAAUUCAUUUUAUAACAAUGUGAGCCUAAAAUCCCCUUUUGAUUCAAGAAAUUUUAUUAAUGACAUUUUUGUCAUGAAUAAUAUUUACAAAUUCCCAUAUAUGUGGUUAACAAACAAUGCCAUAAAUUAUUGAUUGAAAAUCAAGAGGGAGGGAGAGAGGACAAUGCUACGAUACGUGUGAAAACGAAUUUCAAUUUGGAUAAUAUAUUUAAAUUUCUAAUGAA